AUGGGUCCGGCUUGCCUCCCUGUUUGUGUCUCCCCACAUUGGCACCCCCAUCCACCCUUUGCAACUCUGACCCCGACUCCCUCUUCGUUUCCGACAAUCCGCUGGACGCAGAAAACCCUUGGCAGCGGCAAUCUGCGCGCGGCCAUCAAGAUCCCUCCAGGCACCUCCCACAAGGAAGAGUGGUUCUCGGUCAACACGGUCUCCUUCUACAACCAGAUCAAUCUGCUCUAUGGGUGCAUAAAGGACUUUUGCACAGACGAGACCUGCCCGACCAUGAACGCCGGCCCUAGAUACCAGUACUUCUGGGCCGACGGAAAGACCAUCAUCCAGCCCAUCCAGUGUACAGGUCCCCAGUACAUCGAGCAUCUUCUGGCUUGGAUCGAAGCACAACUCGAUGACGAGAACACCUUCCCAUCAUCCGACGUCUUUCCGGAACAGUUCCUGCCCACAGUCAAGCAGAUCUUCAAGCGCAUGUUCCGAUUCUAUGCCCACGUCUACCACAAUCAUCUCAGGGAACUCGAGACCAUCGCCGUCGCCCCGCACUUCAACACUUGCUUCAAGCAUUUUAUCCUCUUUGUCAAUGAGUUUGACUUGGUGGACCAGAAGGAGCUGGUGCCCUUGAUGUCGAUCGUAGACCAGAUUCUGCAGCAGAACCCGGAGGAGCCUGCGGCCGGCGACAACUAG